UUAACUGCUCCCUCUAUAUCCCUUUCGCGCUCCACCUACUCCCAACUUACUCUCCUACAAUCAGCAACCGGGCCAUUGCCCCGAUAGCCAAGACGUUUUCCAAUCUCCUCAACUCGUAUGUGCCUCACUAUCGUGACCCUCCCUUACUGGGUACUCUUCCUGCCCCUGAGCAUUUUUCUAACCUUCCCUCAGCGUCCACCACCCAUUCGCAGGCCGACGCACCGCACCUUCGGGCGCAGCAUCGGACUUAGACUACCGCAGAUAAAUUUUCUGUGGUCAGCCAGUCAAAAAUUCGCCCAUCAACUAGUAUGGCGCCUCACGCAGAUGACAGCAAUGGCUUUGCGAAUGGGGGUGGUGUAGAGGUAGCCCCAACCAAGGAUCUCUUUACUGUGAACUCUCCCAACGUUGAGUACACCGACAACUUCAUCAAGACCAAGUACACUUACCGCACCACGGCGAUUUUCCAGAACGCCGACGGUAAGUAUGUGGCCGCCCCCAAGGAGACCCUUUACGACUUCAAAGUCGACCGCAAGGUCCCCAAGGUUGGCGUUAUGCUUGUUGGCUGGGGCGGUAACAAUGGAACUACUGUUACCGCCGGCAUCAUGGCCAAUCGCCGUGGCCUGGUCUGGGAGACCAAGCACGGCAAACGCGCUGCCAACUACUAUGGUUCCGUUAUCAUGGGUUCUACCACUAAGCUCGGUACUGACAGCAAGUCUGGAAAGGAGAUCAACAUCCCUUUCCAUGACCUUUUGCCAAUGGUUCACCCCAAUGACCUCACCAUUGGCGGUUGGGAUAUCAGCGGCAUGAAUCUCGCCGAUGCCAUGGAUCGCGCCAAAGUGCUGGAGCCGUCAUUGAAGUCUCUAGUUCGUAAGGAAAUGGCCACCAUGAAGCCGCUUCCCAGCAUUUACUACCCAGACUUCAUUGCCGCCAACCAAGAGGAGCGCGCUGACAAUGUGCUUCCUGGUACCAAGGCUUCCAUGGCUCAUGUUGAGCAAAUCCGCAAGGACAUUCAGGAGUUUAAGGCUGCCAACGGACUCGACAAGAUCAUUGUCCAAUGGACAGCUAACACGGAGCGCUAUGCCGACAUUCUUGAAGGCGUCAAUGACAGCGCCGAGAACCUUCUCAAGUCGAUCGAAGCUGGCCAUGAAGAGAUCUCUCCAUCAACCGUUUUUGCGGUCGCCUGUAUCCUGGAGCAGGUUCCCUUCAUCAAUGGAUCUCCUCAGAACACUUUCGUCCCCGGUGCAAUCGAGCUUGCCGAGAAGCACGGCGCAUUCAUUGGUGGCGAUGACUUCAAAUCUGGUCAGACCAAAAUGAAGUCAGCUCUUGUGGACUUCUUGAUCAGCGCUGGGAUCAAACUCACCUCCAUUGCCAGCUACAACCAUCUUGGCAACAACGAUGGCAUGAAUCUCAGCUCCCAGAAGCAGUUCCGCUCCAAGGAAAUUUCCAAGUCGAAUGUCGUUGACGACAUGGUGGCUGCCAACAGUGUUUUGUACAAGGAGGGCGAGCACCCAGACCACACUGUCGUGAUCAAGUACAUGCCAGCUGUCGGAGAUGAUAAGCGAGCUCUGGACGAGUACUAUGCCGAGAUUUUCUUGGGCGGCCAUCAGACCAUCAGCAUCUUCAAUGUCUGUGAGGACUCUCUCUUAGCUUCGCCAUUGAUCAUUGACUUGGUCCUUGUUACUGAGAUGAUGACGCGUAUUGAAUGGAAGGCUCACAGUGCUGAUGGGGUUGACGCCAAGUACGCUGGCUUCCACAGCGUUCUCAGCAUCCUCAGCUACAUGCUCAAGGCUCCACUGACUCCAACGGGUACUCCAGUCAUCAAUGCCCUCGCAAAGCAGCGCGCUGCUCUGACGAACAUUUUCCGCGCCUGCGUCGGACUAGAGCCAGAGAAUGACAUGACUCUAGAGCACAAGCUGUUCUAAAAUAAUUCCUUGCGAGACUUGAAUCUUGCGUUGGACACAUUCGAAUUAUUUUACCAUGUCAGUUAGGGUGGAGCUGAGACUACAUGCUUGAUUCAACAUCUAUGCUAGAAGUCGGUUUUCUAUGAUCUAUUUGGGCCACUCAAUACUCUCACUCAAAACUGCAAGUGGAAUCUAAACCCCUUGAAUGGGAGUAUUUCCGCGCUUAAUGUUCU